UGCUCAUAGCCGCCAUGAACCCCCACACCUCAGAGAGUCCUUCCUCCGCGUAUGCGCUCGCUCAGCAUAUUCGGCGUCAUCGGCCAUGUCCUCAACGACCGGCCACACAUCCUCUUCAGGUGGCACAAUCUCCUCCCCCGCCAUGUCCCACGAUCACCCCGUUACCCCAAUCUCAUCCUACGAUUCCACCACCCCGUUGACCACGACGUGGGCAAGCUAUACCGUCGUGGGAAGCGACUGCACGGACAACGACCUGCUCAGUUCCAAUGGUGUCAUGACAGGGCCACACCUUGGCUUGCACUCCGUUACCGACUCAAGUCAGGGGCAGUUGUACCGGGGUUUCCCCGUCGUCUCUUAUCGUGUAGAAGCUCAUCAGUACUAGCUGCUGAUUCUCGCCAGAGAUGUAAAUUCUACAAGCUACUCGUUCCAUCCACAAAGUCUGACCCGAGCCAAGGCAAUCUUG